AUGGCCGAAGAACAGUGGGACAUCCCUCAAGCGAACUACCUUUCCUUGGGAAUCGGACCUAUUGAUACGACGGCGGCUAUCUCUCCGACCAAGAAGAAAGCAGGAAAACCUCUACGCCUGUUUGGAAACUCGAUAUUUCCAGCAGAGUCCUCUUCCGAUGACACGGACAUGGCUCUCGUUGACGUUACAACAUCUUCGGAGAAGGCCCUUUCCUCGUUCGAAGUCGAGCUCGAGUCCUCGGAGGAAACACAUAACGAGGACUCUGUCUCGUUAGAACUCUCUUUGGGGAUUUCAGGAAGCUGUAGUACUAUUAACUCUAAUGUUACUUGCGCAGGAAUCAAGAAAAAUAUAACCAAAGAUGCUAGAAAGUCUAAGAAGAGGAGAUCACUUUCUAAAGAGGAGAAGCGAGCUGCAAGAGUCUUAGCGGAAGUACCACAUCCCCAUCCAUGGACCAUGGCCAAGACUCUGUCCGUCAGCGAUGUCAAUGGUCUAAGCCGACUUAUGCUGAACACAGUGGACGCCGAAACCCACAUCGUUAGUUAUCUCCCUACAGAUGUCCAAGAGAACAUCCAACAAGGAAUUGGAAUCGAGAUCACAGCUUACGACCAAGAAAAGGGAACUGAGCACAAGUUGGUUUUCAAGAGACACGUCAAUACAUCAAAAAGCUAUGUUUUAAACGGUGGCUGGUCUGCAGUGUUUUCCAAGAAGAAAAAAUUGGUGGAAGGAGACACGAUUGGACUCUUCUGGAAUAAUACUAACUCUAGGCUCCACGUUGGUGUGCUUCAGAGAAAGAAAGAUGAGAAAGAUCUAGUUUGCUGA